AUGUCAGAAAAAGAUUUAUCUUCCUAUUUAAAAGAAAAUGGGUUUAUUAUUCCUAAUGCUGAAAUUUAUGGCGGCUUAGCUAAAUCUCCUUAUAAUGUGGGAGUUGACAGCCAAAUAAUUACUCAUCCCCAAGUUUUAACUGCUUCGGGACAUCUCAAAGAAUUUUAUGACUGGGCGGUAGAGUGUUCGAAAUGUAGAAAAUUUUAUCGUUUAGAUAAAAUUCUUUCCGAAAAAGAUUACUCGGAUUAUUUAAAGUUAAACGAAGAAGACAAGUAUUCUUAUAAAAUGCCCGAAAGGUGUCCUGGCUGUGGCAAAGAAAUUAAUAAAAGUCCGCAAAAGCGUAGCACUCAUCGAAAAUUACCUUUUGGAGUUGGGCAAAUUGGUAAGAGUUUUCGAAAUGAAAUUACACUUCGUCAUGAUUUGGUAAAAGAGGAAUUACCCCAUUAUGCCAAGAAAACAAAGGAUUUCUAUUUCAGUUAUCAUUUCGGUUGGGGAGAAAUAUGUAGCAAUAGUCACCGUGGUAAUUAUGAUUUGACCCAACACAGCGACCAUUCUAGCGAAUUUUUAGGAGUAAAAAUAAGGGAAAAUAAUGAAGACAAAGAGCAAAAAAUCAUUCCCCAAGUUAUUGAAGUUUCCUUUGGAGUAGAAAGAUUAAUGUUGGCGGUUUUGGAAGAUGCUUACCGAGAAGAAAUAGUAACUAGUUCUCAAUUAACUCGUGAAGUUUUAAGACUUCAUCCUCUCUUAGCCCCUUAUUUUGUGGCCGUAAUUCCUUCAAGAGAUUCCUUACGAAAAAAAUCCUAUGAAUUAUAUUGUGAAUUACUGAAAAAUCCACUUUUUUCAGUUGCUUAUGAAGAGACUGGUAGCAUUGGAAAUCGCUAUCGCCGCCAAGACGCGAUUGGAACUUAUUAUUGUCUAACUGUGGAUACUCUAACUGUUAGCGAAUUUAUAGAUGAUAAGUCUAAUCCUGAUUAUAACACUGUUACUCUUCGUCAUCGCGAUACUAUGAAACAAGAAGAAAAAAGGAUAAAUAUUGCAAAAGAAGAGAAUAAAAUCUGA